ACAUGGCACCCGCUUUAUACUAUCCGUUACCCACUCUCUCUCUCUCUCUCUCUCUCUCUCUCUCUUUUUCCAACGCCGCAACUCCUCAACGUUCUCUGUUGGACCUUGGUCACGAGUGUGGACCAAACUCCACCCUCUCUCUCUCAUCCUCCUCCUUCUCCGUCCCCCUCUCUGCUGAACUGUAAUCAUAUCUCUAACAUAUAAUUACCCACAAACUGUAUUAAAUUUAAUUCUCACUCUCUCCUCCGCCAUGAAUGCUUCUUUGCUUCCUUGACAACCCAUCUCGCUUCUUUCUCUCUUUUAAGCUCUGCACUCAUUCAUUACUAGCACAUAUUCCUGACCUACCAAGCAACCAUCUUUUCGAAGCAAAAUCCCAAACAGGACAUUUUUUCCGAUCCCAUUUAGCCAGAUGAAUGCCCUUUUGCUUUCACACCACACCUCUCUGCUCUCUCUCUCUCUCUCUCUCUCUCUCUCUCUCUCUCUCUGUCCUCUAAAAACUUGACCAGAGCAAAACCCACAUCCCAGAAUUCGAGUUCAAGCUCCAAUGUCUAAGCACUCAUCCCAGCCCGACCCGGAAACCAUGCCGUUCUUCGAAGCUUUCAACAAGUUCAGGCGUUUGAAGCCGUUGGAGCCGUCCCUGGGCGUUCUGGGAUUCUUCUUUGCCAGUGUUUGCGUGAUUCUGUGCUUCGUUUACUUGGAUGACAGAGCUUUGGCCAAAGGGUUUCAGUUCCCAGGCCAAUCGGAGCGGUUUAUGUGGCUGCAGAGUAACUGGCCGGGCAAGCACCGGAGGGUUGAGUUUCUGGAAGAAGAGGGUGGUGGGUGUGACGUGUUUGAAGGGGAUUGGGUGUGGGACGAGGCGUAUCCGCUGUAUCAAUCCAACGAUUGCCGGUUUGUGGAUGAAGGGUUUAGGUGCUCGGAGAAUGGCCGUCCUGACUUGUUUUACACGAAGUGGAGAUGGCAACCCAGGCAUUGCAACUUGCCCAGAUUUGACGCGAAGUUGAUGUUGGAAAAACUGCGUAACAAGCGGCUAGUUUUUGUUGGCGAUUCAAUCGGGAGAAACCAAUGGGAAUCACUCCUGUGCAUGCUCUCUUCUGCAGUUCCUAAUGAGGAUUCAAUCUACGAAGUUAAUGGAAAACCAAUCACUAAGCACAAAGGGUUCUUGGUCUUCAAAUUCAAGGAUUUUAACUGCACUGUGGAGUACUACAGGUCUCCGUUUCUGGUGCUGCAGAGCCGUCCUCCUUCUGGAGCUUUGCAAAAUGUCAGAACAACUCUGAAAGUGGAUCAAAUGGAUUGGAAUUCUGUAAAGUGGAGAGAUGCCGAUGUGUUGGUCUUCAACACGGGGCACUGGUGGAAUUACGAGAAGACUGUAAGAGGGGGUUGUUACUUCCAGGAACGGGAACAAGUAAAGAUGGAAAUGAGCGUAGAAGAUGCAUAUCACAAGUCCAUGGAGACUGUGGUGCACUGGAUAGACACUCAAGUAAAUUCAAGCAAGACUCAGGUUUUCUUUCGAACAUACGCUCCUGUGCAUUUCAGAGGUGGGGAUUGGAAGACGGGGGGAAGCUGCCACUCGGAGACACUGCCUGAGCUAGGUUCCUCAUUGGUGCCUUCUCAAUCAUGGGAUCAAUUCAGGGUAGCCAAUGUUGCGCUAUCAGCUCACUCAAACACAUCACAAACGACAAAGAUUGAUAUACUGAACGUAACUCAAAUGACUGCACGGAGAAAAGAUGGACAUUCGUCCUUGUACUAUCUAGGUCCUAACGUUGGCCCUGCACCUCUCCAUCGCCAAGAUUGCAGCCACUGGUGUCUGCCUGGAGUCCCUGAUACAUGGAACGAACUACUCUAUGCACUAUUCCUAAAGCAGCAGAUGACCGGCACAGUUAACUCGGCAACUUAUAGAGCACAGGUAUGAUAAGUCUCCUGUUUGUGUUGCCAUGGAAGACACGCUUCUAUUGGCACAGUAAUGCUUCCGAGGGGGGAAGGGAGAAGAUCAAAGAAAACGGCACAUAGCAUUAAUUUGGUCAGGAUUUUGAGUUUCGGGUUGAUAGCAGCCCUCAGAUUUUUAUGUCAAUUGUGAUUUGUGGGAGGAACAGGACCAGCAUUCUUUUGGAAGACAGAUCCAAUUUAGCCGGGAAAUAGGUUGGCAGCGGUUUCUUGGAUAAAAUUAUGAAAGUGUAAAGAAAUUUCACAUUUUUUAAAAUAAAAAAAAAUUAAUUUUUGAA